AGGAUGGAACGGAAGUUGUCCACCCGUAUUAUUGUCCCCUAUUUAGAGUUUCCAGUUUUCCCACCGGCUUUUAUUUUUGUAAUAUACAGUUGUCUGUAUUUAGCAUUUUAAAGCAGUAUUAAAGAUUUGUGUCAUUCAGGCAAAUGUAAACCUUUAGCGUUUGAAAUGCGCUCUCUAGUUUAUCUAGUGUAGAUGUAACAUUAGGCUGCUACGAGCCUGGAAAGGUGAAUACAUGUGGAAGUUAUGUAUUAUAUGAGGGGAUUAGCCCGACUCCCGCUUAAUUCUGGUGGAGGUAAGUAACGCUAUUUUUUGCUAGUAACGCUAUGGCUUCAGAGAAAAGGAGUUGGGACUGGGGGAGCUCGCAGUGCCGAGCCCAGCUGGACGAAAUCUUUUUCCGGGAGCAUGACUACAUCCAGGCUGGCAGCUCUGAACAUAAAGAGUUCUGGGCUUUCUUUGAGCGUUUCCAGAGGUUUAAAACGAAGAGAGACAUGUCAGGCGCUGAAAUCAGAAAGGAGGACAAAGACAAAGGGAGGGACAGGGGCAAGGUGGAUCUUGGCCUUCCCAAAGAGUACGAUGCUCGCUACCGGAUUAACGUAUCUGUGUGCACCAGGGACAUCGAGGAGCACAUGGGAAAAUCAGAGCAUAGAAGCAGACAGAGGUCCUCUGGACCAGGGGCUCAAGAGGUCUCCGACUGCCGCCUGGCGCUCCUGCAUUUCCUGGAUUUCAGCCAGAAACAGAGUUUUGGCAAACUUGCCAAACUUCGCCGGGAACAGAAGAACCUGCCCAUCUUCCAGUACCGCGAUCGGAUAGUGGAGUUGGUGCGACUUCACCCAGUGGUUGUAGUGGCAGGGGACACGGGCUGUGGAAAAUCAACCCAAGUCCCUCAGUACCUUCUCUCUGCUGGCUUCGAUAACAUCGCCUGCACCCAGCCUCGGCGCAUUGCCUGUAUAUCCCUCGCAAAGAGAGUCAGCUUUGAGAGCCUCAAUCAGUAUGGAUCAAAGGUGGGGUACCAGAUCCGCUUUGAGACAAGUCGAACAGCAACAACCAAGCUGCUGUUCCUUACAGAGGGGCUGCUGCUUCGACAGAUCCAGCAGGACAGUACGCUGGCUCGAUACCAGGUUGUGAUUGUUGACGAGGUCCAUGAGAGACACCUCCAUUGUGACUUUCUUCUCGGGGUCCUGCGUUCUCUGCUGGCUGACCGCCCAGACCUACGUCUCAUCCUCAUGUCAGCCACCAUCAACAUCAAACUGUUCUCCAACUAUUUCAGUGGUGCUCCUGUACUGCAGGUCCCAGGCAGGCUGUUUCCUAUUCAGGUUAUUUACCAGCCCAUUCCUCCUGAGGAGCAGUCCUCAAAGUCUGAGAAACUGGAUCCUAGACCGUAUCUGCGCAUCCUGCAGGGCAUCGAUCAGCGUUACCCCCCAGAGGAGCGUGGUGACCUGCUGCUCUUUCUUAGCGGUGUGGCAGAGAUCUCCACCAUCCAGGAGGCCUGUCAGAUUUAUGCCACACACACACGUCGCUGGAUAAUCUUAACACUGCACAGCACCCUUUCAAUUGCUCAGCAGGAUAAGGUGUUUGAUAUUGCUCCUCCUGGGGUGAGAAAGUGCAUCAUCUCUACCAAUAUUGCGGAGACAUCAGUCACAAUAGAUGGAGUGCGCUUUGUUGUUGAUUCAGGAAAGGUGAAAGAAAUGAGUUUUGACCCUAAAGCCAAGAUGCAACGCCUACAAGAGUUCUGGAUCAGCCGAGCCAGCUCUGAGCAGAGAAAAGGUCGAGCCGGUCGUACGGGUCCGGGCGUUUGCUACCGGCUCUACUCAGAGUCUGACUACAAUGCUUUCGCACCUUAUCCUGUGCCUGAAAUCCACAGAGUUGCUCUGGACUCCCUCAUUCUUCAGAUGAAGAGCAUGUCUCUUGGAGAUCCACUCUCUUUUGUUUUUAUUGAUCCACCCCCGGCUGCAAGUAUCCAGAAUGCAGUUUUUUAUCUAAAGGAACAGGGGGCGCUAGACAGUCGCGGUGAACUGACCUCUAUUGGUAGUUUGCUGGCACAGCUCCCCGUUGAUGUGGUCAUAGGGAAGAUGCUGGUGCUGGGCUGUUUGUUUAACUUGGUGGAGCCCGUGUUGACGGUGGCAGCAGCCCUCAGCGUUCAGUCACCUUUCCUGCGUAGUUCACAGCACAAUCCAGAUUGUGCCACAGCCCGGCAGCCCCUGCAUAGCAACCAAGGAGACCCCUUUACCCUCCUCAACACUUUCAAUGCCUGGGUGGAGGUAAAAAGGGAGAGAGGUGGUGGAUCAAGAAAAUGGUGCAGAAGGAGAGGCUUGGAGGAGCAGCGGCUAUAUGAGAUGGUGAACCUACGCAGACAGUUCAAGGACUUGCUGAGGAGCCACAGCCUGCUGGAAUCAGAAGAUAGCACUCCCUCUGGUGGUGACCGUGUGCAACGCAGGGAGAGGCUAACUGAGAGGAGAAAGCUGCAUCAGCUGAAGAGAGAUCAUGAACAGCAGGAGGGAAGCAAACGUAAAGUCCUGAAGCUGGAGGAGGGUCAGGAAGGAGACUUCUCUUCAGGAUCAGACACAGAGGAAACAGGAAGGUCUAAGAGGAACAAGGAGGGGUCUGGACAGAACUUGGACAUACAGGAGGUGAAGUUCAAGUUACGGCAUAAUGUGUCAGAGCUGCAGGAGGCUGUCAGCCAGGACUUGUCCUCACACCAGCAGGCUUUGCUCAAGCUUCUGCUUUGCAGAGGCCUGUACCCUCAGCUGGCACUGCCCGAUGAACACAACUCCACCCGCAAAGACUCUGACCAGGUGUUUCACACAAGGAAUAAGCAAGGAGUGGUGAUUCACCCAACCAGUGUGUUUGCCAGUGACCCAGAAGUGUUACAGGUGCCUGAGGGUGACACUGGAGAAAUGGGGCCUGAUAGGAGAGACAGCACCAAACACCAGCUGUUGGCCUUCGUCACUCUGUUGGAGACCAACAAACCCUAUUUGUCAAACUGCGUGCGGGUUCCAGCACUGCAAGCUCUGCUGCUGGUAGCAAACACUGUGGACACUAACGCUGACUGUACGCGACUAGUGGUGGACGGCUGGCUGGAGUUGGAGCUGAAGGAGCCAGAGGAGGCUCUGAAGGUGCUGUCCACGGCGCUUACUCUCAGGGCUGAGUGGGAGCGUCUGCUGCAGGCCCAGCUGGGACAGAACUCAACAGGGGGAGCAGCAGUCGGGCAGGGGGUGUCCCGCAGAGUUGUGCAAAAGCUGAGUGAAAGCCUGGUCCGCUUUCUGCUCUACACUGAGGUCAGUUAUAGCCUCCGGCGACUCUCAGCUUUCCAGACCCAGAACCUGUACAUUGGUCCUCAGUUGGAGUCUGUGUUGUCGAACACUAAAGCUGGAGAUUUAAACCCGCUGUUUCCAGGAGCCGAGGCCAAGCCAGACCCCAUUAAAGGAGGCCUACGUGUCACCAACUUUUUCACCUACAACUGUCUGGCUGAUUCAAAAGACCUCUACAGUGAGUGUUUACGUACUUUCUGGAGCUGUCCCAACUGUGACCUGUACAUGCCUCUAACUCCACUGGAACGAAUGCAUCAUGAAACUUCCUGCAGGCCGGCUGGAGAACAGCAGCAGCCCGAGGAAGAGCCAGAAGGUGGAAAAGCAAGCUCUUCAUCAGUGUCGAGCCUUACCAGAGUUUAUCACUGUGAUGUGUGCAAUCAAGACCUGACCCUCACCUCCACUGAGAUCCUCAAACAUAAAAGGCAGCACAUGUACUCUGCAAAGUAAUGGACCCCAGCAUCCAAAGGAUAACAGCUAAUCACAGUUUUGGUGGAGGGGAGGGUUACUUUGUUUUGUUUUUUUGUUUUUUAAUGGAAAAUUUGUGUCUUCUUCCUCCCUUUUUAAUACUUGUGGAUUUUUUUAAGGCAAUGUUACUGCCCUCUAGUGGUCACUGGAUAUAUUCUGUUGUAGCUUGCUGUAAAGUCCUGUUCCCAUAGGAGAGAUGGGGGAGAGAUUUUGUUUUUUACAAAACAUAAUAUAAAUAUUUGAGUAAUAAUCAAAGGCAACAAAAUAAAUGUGUGUUUAACAAAAGAAUACAUUUAUAGGCUUUUUUUUUUUUUUAAAGAUUCCUUCCAUAGCUCUAUGGAACAGUUAUAAAGCAAUUUGAACCAGUGUUUGGGAAACAGCACAGUGAGUUUUAUACAUGCACACAUGAGAAAGAAGAAAACGCUUUUAAAAUAUAGAGUGAGGGUUUAAUAAUGAUACAAACCCACGAUAUGUAACACCUCAAAGCAGCACAUUGGCACAAAGUCAGAAGUAAGACAGCACAGAAGAUAAAAACCUGUCUCAAAAAAAUAAAGAAUCAGAAUAAAUAUCUCAAUAAAUAAAUAAACAGGUAAUAUCUCAUUAAUUACUUUGAAACUAAUAAAUACGUACAUUUGAAAAUAUGCACAUUGGCAGAAAUUAAUAACCAAAAAAGGAAAUAGUACUUAAUACAGAGUUACUUAGAAAUCAUAAGUUAUUGAUUACUCAAAUCAAAAGGCACAUUUAUUAAGAUGUAAGAAUGGGGCCUGCAAUUGUGAUUGCAUGACUGUCAGUACUGUACUCUAACACCAUUUCUGAACCAGAAGCAGCAAACUGUGUGCAAUGGCUUUACUAGUUCUGCACCAUCGAGUGAACACGUGUGUCUGUGUGUGAGGGUCUAUCAGAUUUGUGGAGAGUGUGUGUGUGUGUGUGUGAGAGAGAAAGACAAAGGUUUUGAAUCAGGGGAUGGCAGUCUUGUGACUGGGUUUGGAUUUCCUGCCGUUGUGACAGGGCGUCUUUAAAAAAAAAUUAAGAGGACCAACAAUGUUGGUUGGCUGGCCUAGUAGUAAAGACAAUGUCCCAUAACCAAGAGAUCGAGGCUUGUGUUCAUCAGCAGUUGCAUGUCCUGACUCUGAACCCUACUGUCUCUUCACUCACUUUAAGUCACUUUGGAUAACAAUUCUUGGCUAAACUUAAAAUGUAAAUAAUAUGGUGAAGCUUCUGAAAGGUUCAUUCUGCCAUAAUUUAAAGUCCACCCAGGUGAUGUUGCAUUUGAGACAACGAAACUCGGUCAACACUGGUUUCCUUAUACAAAACGAAGGUAUAUCCAUCACUUACACUAGUAUUACCUUUCUGGGAUUCUCAGUACAUUCCAUGUGUUAAAUUUGUUGACUUUUGUUUUUUUUUAAAGCUGCAAAAUCAACAUCUUUUUUACUUUGUGAUGAUUUUUUUAAUGACUUAAAGCUUAUUGCAUUUAAUACAUAUUAUAUAACCAUUAUGGCCCCUUAUUUAAGUUUUUUCACUUAACAAAAAAAGCCCAAAUUUUCUUGUUGUAUUUAAUUUUGGAAGUGAAGCACCUUUCUAUAGUGGAACUGGUGUGCUUGUCUUUUAUGCAAUGUGUCAAUUUGUAAGGUGAAACACAAAAAGACAGACUGUAAACAAAUAUCCCUGUACCUGUAUUCUAAGGAAUUCCUACAAAAACGAAAGGAUUUUUUUUUGUCCCAGUAAUCCAUUUGUUGGUCUAUUAAUGCACCUUUAACUGGUUAUUAACUGGAAGUAGAAAUGUAUCCUGCCAAUCAGCAAAAUAAAACAUAGAAAUGCAAGGUACAUCACCAGCAACAUUUUUAAAAAUGUCUCGGGGGAAAUUCAUCUUUAAUGCCAGCUUUAAAUUCACAAAAUCUUCCGCACCCUGGGUGGAACAGAAACUUGGAGCUUUGUUUCUAAAUCACGCAACCGCUCCAGUUGUCAACAGGCAGUGGGAAAGUUUGAAUAGAAUAGCGUAAAAAUAGCAGCUUUUUUGACCUUCCACUUAAAGCAAUGUUAACAACCGCAUCGCCUGUUUCAUUCGGCUUUUUCAAGUUAAUGUGUCUUUUUCUAAUCACAGCGUCAACAGUCGGCAGCAGACGCGUUCAAAUGUCGCACCUGCGAGCUACGUGCUGCUGCUCAAAGACAACUUUGUGUUCCUGUUUUUCUUUUAUGCUUGAUGUCGAGCACAGCAACACACUACAGUAUUCCGUUUCAACACUUUUCCAUUACUGCUUAGUGUAUACUAACAUGAGUAACCGGUACAAAAAUAAAUUUUGAAGCAUUGUUCAUUGCACUUACAUUUUUGGUGGUGUCUCAUACAGAGGCCAAGACACGUCAACAGAUUGGUUACCAUGGGGUCCUGUUUUCUUUUUCUUUGGGGACAGUGCAGUCACUGUGUACAUUAGGUAGAAUAGACUCGCUCAGAGGCCUCAGUUGUAAGCACCUUGACUGAUUCAACAAGUACAGUGGUGGGAUAUGAGGAUUUCUAUGAUUUAUAUUGAAAAUACUUGGGAAGAUGGGAAAAAAACAUGUAUGCGCAAAUGUGAGGGUGCUGAAUGCUAGACACACAUUCUCUUUUCUUCUUUUUGGAAACAAAAAAGUAACCAUGUGUUUGGUUACAAAGGAUCAUUAUGAAUCAUGUUAUGACUUUUAAGUCUUGGUGGUCGUCAUUGCAACUUCCCUUAACAAUAAUUGUCUCUUUGCAUUUGAUAACCUUUCUCCCAUUGUGGUAUAAUGCGGUAUAAUCAAAGGACAACACUAGUGGUCUCAGAUGCUUGUACUCUCUUGAAGACUGCAUGCACCAUGUGCUCAUUCACACCAAACAUCUCUCCUUUUUUUUUCUUUCCUUAAGUUUUUAGUAACAUCUGAGGUAAAAUUAGAGGUAAAGGGUGACAUCUGUUCAUCUGACUGAUAAACAGGCCAACAUGGAACAAAUAACUUCCCCAAGAUCUCAUGUUUGUGAGUACGUGAAUGUGUGUGCCAUUUGGGGAUUCUGUC